GCGGCGGCAGCCGAGGGGCGGAGCGGCCGCCGGACGGGCCGGGAGGGCCGCGUGGCGGGGCCGGGCCGUGUCGGUGCCGUGUCGGUGCUGUUCCGGUGCCGUGUCGGUGCCGUGUCGGUGCAGCGGCGGCGGAGCGGCCCGGGCAGACGGAAACAAGAACUCUGAAAUCAUGGCGGGGAAACCCAAGCUGCACUACACCAAGGGAAGGGGGAAGAUGGAGUCAAUCCGAUGGCUGCUAGCAGCAGCUGGGGUUGAGUUUGAGGAAGAAUUCAUAGAGACAAAAGAAGACUUAGAAAAAUUGCGCAAUGAUGGAGUCCUGCUGUUUCAGCAGGUGCCCAUGGUGGAGAUUGAUGGGAUGAGGAUGGUGCAGACCAAAGCCAUCCUCAGCUACAUUGCAGCAAAGUACAACCUCUAUGGGAAGGACCUGAAGGAGAGAGCCUGGAUUGAUAUGUACGUGGAGGGAACUACAGACCUAAUGGGAAUGAUCAUGUAUCUCCCUUUUCAACCAGCUGAUACAAAAGAAAAGAAUCUUGCCUUAAUCAUUGAACGAGCUACAACCAGGUACUUCCCUGUUUAUGAAAAGGCCUUAAAAGAUCAUGGACAGGAUUAUCUUGUUGGCAACAAAUUAAGCUGGGCAGAUGUCCAUCUGCUGGAAGCCAUUUUAAUGGUAGAAGAGUGUAAGCCUGAUGCACUCUCUGCAUUCCCUCUGCUGCAGGCUUUUAAAGGAAGAAUCAGCAACAUUCCAACAAUCAAAAAAUUCUUACAGCCUGGCAGCCAGAGGAAGCCACCAACAGAUGAGAAGUUUGUUGCUGUUGUGAGGAAAAUAUUCAAUAUCUAAUCUGAUGAAGAUAACCCAACUGUAGUAUAUUACCAGAGCUUGCUUUGUAAGAGAAAUUGCAUAGCUGUGCUCUGUAACUUGCAUCAUAUGGCCAGUAUUGAAACAGAUCACUGGUAAAUGAGCGUAAAAGGCUAAUUUGUACCUGCUGAUUCCAGAAAGAAUUUAACGAAGCAGUUAUAUGAAAUAAAAUAUGCUGACACUUGG